UUGCCAGGUGGGAGCAGCUGCGGCGCCGGAGGGAGCGAGCGCGGCGCCUCCAGGUCACGAUGUCACGACGCUGGGGCUAUAAAGUGGAAACCCUCGUCCUCAGCGUGGUCGGGUUUAGCUGCCUGCUCUUCCUCCUCCAGUCGCACAAGAGCAGCCCCCUCCUGGAAGUGGCAGAAACCCCGGUGUCUCCCACGGCCACCACCCCCAGAGCCCCAGAGCCUCUUCCCGAGUGCCGGCAGAACGCCUCUGUGGCUAACAUCUCCGGCUUCACUGAGCUGCCCGACCACAUCAAGGACUUCCUGCGUUACCGCCACUGCAGGGCCUUCCCGCUGCUGCUCGACCUGCCCGAGAAGUGCGGUGCCCCGGAGGCCUCCCACCAGGUCUUCCUGCUGCUGGCCAUCAAGUCCUCCCCAGCCAACUACGAGCGCCGCGAGAUCAUCCGCAAGACCUGGGGGCAGGAGCGCACCUUUGCCGGCGUCCACAUCCGGCGCAUCUUCCUGUCUGGCGUGGCAGCCAACGCCCGGGAGGCGCGCAAGCUCAACCAGCUGCUGCUCCUGGAGCACGCGGAGCACGGCGACGUCCUGCAGUGGAGCUUUGUGGACAGCUUCUUCAACCUCACCCUCAAGCAGCUGCUCUUCCACGCCUGGCUGGAAAGCCACUGCCCGGGUGUCCGCUUCGUCUUCAACGGGGAUGAUGACGUCUUCGCCAACACUGACAACAUGGUCCACUACCUGCUGGGGGUGCCCGGCGCUGGGGAUCAGCACCUUUUCGUAGGCCAACUCAUCACCAACGUGGGCCCCAUCCGUGAGAAGUGGAGCAAGUACUACGUGCCGGAGCAGGUCACCUCCUCCAAGUCCUACCCACCCUACUGUGGGGGUGGGGGGCUGUUGAUGUCCGGCUACACCUGCCACGCCAUCUACCAGCAGGCGCUGGGCAUCCAGCUGUUCCCCAUCGACGACGUCUACCUGGGCAUGUGCCUGGAGAAGGCAGGGCUGGCGCCUGCCUCCCACAUAGGCAUGCGGACGGUGGGCGUGAGGGUGCCCUCCUCCAAGCUGGAGUCCUUUGACCCCUGCUACUAUAAGGAGCUGCUCCUGGUACACCGGUUUUUGCCCUAUGAGAUGCUGGUGAUGUGGGAAGCCAUCCACCAGCCGGACUUGGUCUGCGGGAAGAAGGUGGAGAUUUACCAGAGUUAGUGAGGUGUCAUGAGGAAGGGGUGCUCUGCCUGCUGGGGGAGGGGGUUGCCCUGGUCUGGAAGGGCCCCAAACACUCUUGCUGCAGGGGCUGUCGCAAGGAGUUGUGACCAGGGGUUUGGCUUGGACAAUCUGCCCCAUGCACUCCCUUCCUCAGAAAUGCAAGAGAGGCUUUGGGAGUGCUGGCAUCAAGCUGGCAUGAAACCCGGGGCUGCCGAUGUCUUGGGAAUUGGGCAACCCUGCCUCAUUACUCGCUGGCCACAGGAUCCAUGGAGGGUGGCCGAUUCCUGUUGCCCAAAUCCAUCCUGCAAUGACAAAGUCCCCCCAGAUCCCUUUCUGGACGGUGGAUGAGCCUGGCCCUGGGGGGGGAGGGUCAUGGGUCAGUGUUCUCAUGGGGGAGGGGGCAUGACCACCUUCUGGGUUCCACCCCUUUUCUAGAAGACAAGCUGCAAAUGGGGGUGAGCAUCACAGCCUCCCAAGUCAGACUGAUGUACACUGAUUGUAGUGCCUAGUUUGUCCCUCUUCCUCAAGGGAAUUAUAGCUCCAGUCUUGUUUCCUCCUGAGGCAGGCUGAGGGGCCACCCAGGCCAACUCUGCUCAGGUGUAAGGCAAGCCCCCCCUCCCUUCGCAAUUGGAUAGCAGAGAGGCCAGCCCACAAGGCCCCUCUGGGUGGGUGGCCGGACCCCGCUGGGGGGCUUUGUCCCCACUUGCUCUCUCCAAUCUCUCAGGUGCCAGAAUGUGCCUCUGGUGCUCACCUUUCUGCCUGGGGGGCAGCUCAGGUGGCCCCCCUCCCCUUUGGAGAACAAGCAAAGGCUCUUCAGCUGCCAGGAAAGGCCAGGAGGAGCUGUGGGGAGGGGCUCAGUUCCUGACUUAGGUGGACCAGAGUUGUGGGAGGAUGUUGGGGGGUCGCAUCCUGGCCUAGGCUCAGCCCCCACCCGCAGCUGCAGGGCCACUGCCCCUUCCCCACAGAGCUUCCCCACCUGGUUCUAGCCUACCUCCCUGGGUCUCUUGCCUUCUGUGAGGUGUGGGGCAGUCCUUUCGGUCCCCCACCCCCUUUUGAGCCAGAAAGGCUGAACCUCAACCGCAGGGUCUUUGCCCAUCCACCCACGGAUGGAAAGGGCCUCUCCAGAGCCUUUGCGUUGUUGCCUUCGUGGCCGGUGGGGGGAGGUGCAGGCCAUCUUGGGCAGGGGUCCCCCUGGGCGGGGUGGGGCGUGUCCCCCAUCCCGGAGCAAGGCCGGGCCCCGGUGCUGCGUUGCUCGACCAACCUGGCUGCAUUUCUCCCCCAGUGCAGGGAGCCUCUUGACCCUCAGGGAACCGCUUUUCCGGAGGGGUGACCCUCGAGUGGGGGGUGCCCUCCCCUCUUUUGCGGACUGAUGAAAGAAUAAAAAUGCCUGGAGAGUUCUUAAAAUCGUUUCUUAUCGGCAAAGGGAAGUUGAAAGCAGCCGCCACUCCUUUGGGCUUUAGCCAGCUGCAAAGCCUUCGGACUGAGCUCAGGGUGCAGGUGAAGCGGCCAGGGGUCAAAAAACACUCUGUGCAAGACACCCCUGUGAAGUUGCUCAGCAGGCCUGUCUACUAUCGGUGCUACCGACCUGGUCUUGCUCUGGAAAUCAUGGGGCCAUCUGGGCGUUUCCCUGUUUGCACACUGUCUUCCACUCUCACUCCUUGCCCAGUUACUGGGGCCCUGAAGAAGUUGUGCAACUGAACCGGCUGCUUUCUGGUCGCCCUUUAAGGGCCCGGCUGAAGCGAAGGGCCGGAGCAACAGUGGCAGGUGGGCCCCGUUGGCCACGGCUCCCUGGACCCGCUCUGGAGCCUCCUUAAGCAAGCCAGAUGUCAGGUGGCAGGUCGGCCCCCUGGAACCUUUUCUCUGCUUUCAUUGCACCUUUUAUGACUUCGUCCUUAUGUACUGUUCCAGUAAAAGGUAGUUAUUUAUUUUACGAUCUUCCUGGCUUUGGAGGUGAAAUGGCACUGAAAUGUAAUAAACAGGCUGAUGAAAGGAGAAGUUUCACCUUGGGUUGCCUCUCUGAACCUAGAGGAUGGCAGCCUGCGUCCUGGAAAGGAGGUGGAGGUACUCAGCUGUUACCCGCGGGCGGGCGGGCGAGGCGCAGCACCACACCCAGAUCCCACUGUUGACACUCCAGGACUCCGUCUGAGGUGGACUUUAGUCCCCAUCCACGGGAGGGCUGGGCAUUGCGGAAGCCGACCUCUAAGAGCCUCUGGGAAGGUAAGCCUGGCAGGUACUUCGGGUUCCACCCUGAGAAGCGCUUCAGACCUCUGGACAAUCUUAUUUGGCACCCACUUUGAUGACAACAAAAAUAAAAAUAAACAUCCUCCCCUCCAAAAG